GCGCGGUGCGCGGGCCCUGGAGGGCGGAGUCCAGGCGGGCGCAGGCCGAGGGAGGGGGCGCGGUGGCUCUGGGGUCCGGCGCUCCCUCAGGCCGCGGACGCGAUGCUGGGUGCUGCGGCUCGGCCGGCGGGAUCGGCGGCGAUGUGACGGGCGGCCUCUCGUCUCACCUUCCGUCCUCGGGCCCACAGGUCGCUGGGCGACCCGCAGCUGAGGAGGCAGCACGAUCCCCGCACGAUUCUGUCAAACCUUAAGAACAAAUGCACCUUUUAGCUCAUGGAAGAAAAAACACAAAUCAAGACAUUUUUGGGUUCCAAGUUGCCAAAGUAUGGAACAAAAUCUGUAAGAAGUUCACUGCAGCCAUUACCAAAUGGAACACCUGUUAACUUAUUAGGAACAUCCAAGAGUAGUAAUGUCAAAAGCUACAUUAGAAAUAAUGGCUCUGAUUGUCCAUUGUCCCAUUCAUUUAAUUGGAGAAAAGCAAAUAAAUACCAGCUUAGUACACAAAGUGCUGAAGAUACUAAGAAUCCUAACAGUACUCAGAAUUCACAUGAUAAAUUAAUUGAUCCUGAAAAACAUGCUCCUACUCAAGGAGUGUUUGAUAGGAAUGGGAUAAAGGGAGGUUUGAAAAGUGUUUCUUUACUUACAUCAAAGUUAGCAAAGCCACCCACUAUGUUUGUGUCAUCUGCAGAGGAGUUGAACCAAAAGUCUUUUUCCGGACCAUCUAAUUUGGGUAAAUUCACCAAAGGCACAUUAUUGGGAAGGACUACGUAUUCCUCAGUCAGUGCUCCAAAACCACAGUUGAAUGGAUUUUAUGGAAACAGAUCAGCUGGUAGCAUGCAAAGGCCUAGAGCUAACUCUUGUGCUACCAGAAGCAGUUCUGGAGAAAGCUUAGCCCAGUCCCCAGACAAUAUUAAAUCUAUUACUUGUGAAAAAAUGGUAAGGUCACAAAGUUUUUCCCAUUCCAUUCAGAAUUCAUUCCUUCCACCCUCAUCUAUAACCAGAUCACAUUCCUUCAAUCGAGCUGUAGAUCUUACAAAGCCUUAUCAGAACCAACAGCUACCCGUUAGAGUGCCUCUGCGGUCAAGUAUGCUAACAAGACAUUCCCGGCAAUCAGAAGUACUCAAUGGGAAUGAACAUUUAGGAUAUGGAUUUAAUAGGUCUUAUGCUGCUGGUGGAAAGAAGUUGGCUUUACCCAAUGGCCCAAGUGUAACUUCCACUUUGGGUUAUAGGAUGGUUCAUCCCACUCUGCUGAAAUCUGGCCGACUUCCAUUUCCUGGAACUAUCACAGUUGAUAGUAAUAAAAAUUCAACUGCUGACACUUGUAUAGAGGAAGAUGCUACAGUUUUGACUAAGGACAGAACUACUGAUAAGGACCAAGAACUAAUUGAAAAUGAAAGUUACAGAACGGAAAAUGGCCAGACCAUGAAACACGAUGGUAAAAUUAGAUACCUGAGUGAUGAUGUGGAUGACAUUUCCUUAUCUUCUUUGUCAUCUUCUGAUAAGAAUGAUUUAAGUGAAGACUUUAGUGAUGAUUUUAUUGAUAUAGAAGACUCCAACAGAACUAGAAUAACUCCAGAGGAAAUAUCUCUCAAAGAAGAAAAACAUGAAAAUGUACCACCAAAGGAUAUAUUUGAUUCUUGCAAGGAAAAUGAAAAAUCCUUCAGUAAAACUGAUGAAUGGAUCGACAUCAGUGUCUCUGACAAGAGUGAAUGUACCAAACACACUUCUGGGAAUAACUUGAUUUCACCAGAUACAGACUAUAGAGCUGGUUCUUCAUUUGAACUAUCUCCAUCUGAUAGCUCUGAUGGUACCUACAUGUGGGAUGAGGAGGGCUUGGAACCCAUUGGAAAUGUCCAUCCUGUUGGGAGCUAUGAUUCCUCCGAAAUGAACAGCAUAGAUAUUCUGAAUAAUCUUGAAUCAUGUGACCUUGAGGAUGAUGACCUUAUGCUUGAUGUGGAUCUGCCUGAGGAUGCACCUCUUGAAAAUGUGGAGUGUGACAAUAUGAACCGUUUUGACCGAUCAGACAGAAAUGUUCGGCAGUCUCAGGAAGGAUUUUGGAAAAGGCCACCCCAGCGGUGGAGUGGACAGGAACACUACCAUCUCAGCCACCCUGACCACUAUCAUCACCAUGGAAAAAGUGACUUGAGCAGAGGCUCUCCCUAUAGAGAAUCUCCUUUGGGUCAUUUUGAAAGCUAUGGAGGGACCCCCUUUUUCCAGGCUCAGAAGAUGUUUGUGGAUGUACCAGAAAAUACAGUGAUACUGGAUGAGAUGACCCUGCGGCACAUGGUCCAGGAUUGCACCGCUGUGAAAACUCAGUUACUCAAACUGAAACGUCUGCUGCAUCAGCAUGAUGGAAGUGGUUCAUUACAUGACAUUCAGCUAUCAUUGCCGUCCAGUCCAGAACCAGAAGAUGGUGAUCAAAUAUAUAAGAAUGAAGAUUUAUUAAACGAAAUUAAACAACUUAAAGAAGAAAUAAAGAAAAAAGAUGAAAAAAUCCAACUAUUAGAACAUCAGCUUGCAACUCGGUGUAACUGCCACCAAAAAUCUAAAGAGGAAAAAUGCACUUACGCUGAUAAAUACACCCAGACUCCCUGGAGAAGAAUUCCUGAGCCGAGUUACUUGAGCCAUCAUCACUAUCUUCCCUGGAGCUGGAAUCAGGAACCAGAGCCAGGUAUCAAGUCCAAGUGUUCUGAUGUAGAGCAUAGACAUCUUAAACAGCAUCUUAACUACUAGACUCAAAAUCUGCCCCAUCAUUGGUAACAUUUACUAAGUGCUUACUGUAGGCUAGGAGACCCUGUGCCAAGUGUUUUACAUGGAUAGUCAUAUUUUAUUAGAAUUAGAAAUGGAAAAUAGCAAAUGCUCGUUAAGAAAGUUUUCCCACCCUGUUGUUUAGUCUAGAAAGGCCUAGUUUUUAAGUCAAAGAUAUUUGAUGAAUAAACUUCUGGAUCAUUAUGAGGAUACUUAGAUUCAAAUUAGGAUAUAAUUAAUCCUUCCUUCUGUCCUUUUAAACGCAAAUAAUCGGGGUAGGCAUUUGGCCUGGCAUUUAAAACACUGGUUAUGAUGCCUGUAUCUCAUAUCAAACUACCUAGGCUUGAUAUACAUAGAUCCAGAUCCAGCUUCUGGUCAUUUCCUGCUAACACAGACCCUGGGAAGACAGUGGUGGUAGUAGUUCAAAUAGUUGGGUUCCUACCAUCCAUAUGGAAGACCUGGAUUGAAUUCCAGGCUCUUAACCUUCCCCCUCCUUCCCAUCAUUGUGGGCAUUUGGAGAGUGAACCAGUUCAUAGGAGCUCUUUCUGUUUGUUUCUGACUCUGCCUCUUGAAUAAAUAAUCACUCACAGUGCUAUGAAUUACCAAAUUUUAAAAUACGUGAACAAUCAGGCAGAGAAAAUCAUCUUCCCCCCAUUAUCAGAUUGUUCAUCAGUGUUGUUUUUAGACUGGUUACUGUUUAAUGAUUAAUACUUUAUCACUGAUCUAAUAGGAAAGCAUCACUUUGAUAAUUUUAUGGCUAAACAAGAAAUUCUUAAAUAUGCAACAAAUAUUCAUUCAUUCAUUUAUCUAGCAAAUAUUUAAUACCCACUAUGUGUAGGAUACCAGGCAAGACAAAAAUGAAUAAAACCUAGAACGUGCCUGUGAGAAGCUCAUGGGCUCUGGUUGUCUCUGUAAGCAGCCCCAAAUAGACGUUUAAGAUUCUUAUUAAAGAUGACUACCAGGCCUUUGCACAUCGGCCCAUUUGACCUUGACACAUAACCAUGUACUCUGAGAGUUCUCAGGUGUGUUGAAGUUGUGUGUUCAACUAAAGUAAGACUUCAGGUUGUUGAGUCCAGCCAGAGGUACCUGGCUCUUUAAGUCUAGGGAUGGAAUCUGAAGUCUCAGUCACCAGCUCCUGCACGAGCUGCAAGGGUGGCGCACUGAGAACUCUGUUCGUUGGUGACUGCAAGGAGUUCACUGAAGCCCUCCAGUGUGUGUGUGUGUGUUAGGGGGGCUUUCUUUUGCCUUCUGGUCUUGUGGGCUGCUGGACAACUUCUCCAGAGGCAUUUGUUUCAUUUUGAAUGAAUGUAAGACUGCACUUCAUCUUGUCUGCCCCACCUUCAAACCUCUUUCAGUCCUCUCCUGUUUUCUGUACCCAGUAUCCUAAUUUUAGAAACUUAAAGUUUAUCACUUGGGCUGUUAGCAGUAGCUGCUACCUGGCUGUGCUGCUUCAGAAGCUCAUCCUCUCUGGGCACAUUCCUCACUGACUACCCCAGGGUGUUCAUUCUAAAACACAUUGUAUAUUACAGUUUCUCUGGUAACGUAAAAUUCACCAGUGUCAGCCAUCAGUUAAUGGCCAUCAAUCCCUCAAUGAGCUGGCCCUGUUUUCCUACCAACACUGGGUUCUCCAAAUUCAGUCUGACAACUUGAAGUGACUCGAAUAAGCUGUUUAAUAUUACUAUUAUUAUCAUUAGCCUCUGUGCCUAGCAUGUGCUGGCCUGCUACCCAGAAGGUCUUCAUCUACUUGGCAAACUCCACCUCAUCCUGCUAAAGUAAUCUUUGAUAUUCCUUUCUGUUAGCCUUAUUGGUCUUGGAAUUUGAGAUCUUUUCUUCUUAUAUUUAGUAUUCAUUCUAAAGAUGUGUAAGGACUUUUUUUUUCUUUUUUAUGACCUUUGAAGCAGUAGUAGAUGUCGACAUGAUGAAUUGUUAGCAUCUUUGCCUUUAAAUUAACACAGAUGAGUGCUUGGAGUUUGGGGAAAUUAUAAUUUAACAGCCAUUAAAACACACAUCUGUUCUGCUUGAUAUCGAGAGCUUAAGAAGCAGCUUGUCCAACUUGCCGGCAGGUAGCGGCACUCCAGUCCUCAGUGGCUAACCACUUCCACAUAGUCUUCCAUGUAUGCACAGCAAGUGAUUUCCUUGGUUCUUGCGUUACCGUCAUUUUUUAUUCUUAAAAGAGAUGUUUUGCUUCACGGUACAGGAAUUGAUUUUCUAAACCAUAGUUCUCAAAUAACAAACCAAGAUAUUUAUUUGAGGAUAGAAAAAUUACACCAUUAAAAAGAU